GAAUGUAAGCUGCUCCUGAGUGUGUCUGCCCACCCCCCAGCUGCAUUGUUGUGCAGGGGAUAUGCAUAAGGUUGCUAACACCUUAGCAAAUUUGCAUGCAGCCUUUUGUGCUGUGGGGGAUAAAUAGGUGACUGCUUCACCUAUUUUGUUCAAAAGAAACAAAAUGCAGAGAAGGCUCACCACUCAACAGGCAUUGGAACUGAUCCUGAGCAACACCAACCCUUGUGACUCAGAUGGAGAAGACAUAGUCCUUCAACCGGAUUCGGACUCUGAGCUGUCUUCAGAUGAGGAGACUCCUCCUCUACCAAAAAAGAGAGCUCGGUUGGCGAGUGAGCCGACAGAGACCGCAAAAGAUGGCACAGUGUGGCGUGAAGUACAAGUGGGGAAACGUCUCCAUUUCACCCCAAUAGAACCGUACCCUACAGAUGGAGAGCCAAGGGCUAAGGCCAGACGAAGUGUCCGGAGUCGCCUUCAGAGCUUCCUCUGUUUUAUCACUCUUGACAUGCUUCGUAGCAUUCAAGAAUGGACUACUCAACAUGCACGUCACACAGAGCAGGUGGAUUGGUUCAUGGAUCUCCCGGAACUAAUGGCAUUUAUUUCAGUCAUUAUCUUGCGGGGGGUGACCAAGGUUCCAUCACUACGUGACAGCUGGUCAGCAAACCUGGCAAACCCAAGGAUCAUUGCAACUAUGGCCCGAAACCGCUUCCAAGACAUCAUGCAACACCUACGCUUUGAUGACAUGUUCACACGCAGUGAGCGAGCGGAGACCGAUAAGUUUGCUGCAAUCUCCGAUGUGUGGAGAUCGUUUGUCACCAACUGCAUCGCAUCCUACAACCCUGGUCGACACAUCACUAUUGAUGAACAGCUUUUCCCGUCAAAGACUCGCUGCUGUUUUCUGCAAUACAUUGCAACAAAACCAGACAAGUUUGGCAUCAAGUUUUGGGUGGCUUGCGACUUGAAAUCAAAGUACAUCUGUAAUGUCCUCCCAUAUCUUGGCAAGGACCCCAGUCGUCCCAGCAGGGAGAGACUGUCCGAAACUGUAGUGAUGAGGCUGAUGGAACCAUUCAUGGACAAGGGCAGAACUGUAACCACGGACAAUUUGGUAAUGGAUGUAAUGGACCAAAUGGUGCGGGAGUACAGCGUGCGUGCAGGAACACGGAGAUGGCCAGUCGCCGUGUUCUACAACAUGAUUGACAUGGCAGCACUGAAUGCGCAUGUUCUUUAUCAGGCAUGCACUGGGGUGCAGGAGAGACGGGUGGACUUCCUGGUUGAGCUUGCAAAAGAGUUAGGUGACUCUCAUGUGAGUGAAAAGAAGGCACGCAAGGAGAAACUCCUUCGGCAACAACCUUCCACACCCAGCCCUGGCAAAAGGGCGAAGUGUCAGGUCAACCAUCGAUGCACGAACAAUUGUGCAACUGAGAGAUGUGUUGACUGCUACAAAUACACGUGUGGCAAAUGUACCAGGGACAUACCCAGGCAGUGCCAGCUCUGA